CCAAUUGCCUUCAAAACAUCUUGCAAUCUGGCAGCUUUUUAGCAGAGAACCAAAGAUAGAAAAAACAAAAAGGGCUAGGACAAAAAGUGUGAAAAUUUCGUGAAAAUUUUAUUUCCAGUGCUCUUAACAAACAUAUAUUGCAUUGUGUAAUUGGUAAUUGUUAUACUCAAUGAUCCUAAUGAUUACAAAAUGAAACUAACAAUUAAAUCUUGGACUGGAGUAGCUACAUGGCGAUGGAUCGCAAAUGAUGAAAACUGCGGCAUUUGUCGAAUGUCUUUCGAGAGUACCUGUCCGGAGUGUUCGCUACCUGGUGACGAUUGUCCUUUAGUGUGGGGUGUGUGUUCGCAUUGCUUUCAUAUGCAUUGUAUUGUCAAGUGGCUGAAUUUGCAAACAAUGAAUAAGCAGUGCCCUAUGUGCCGCCAAAGCUGGAAAUUCAAUAUCCAUUGAAUACAAGGGACACAUAGUGUGUUGCAAAAAUAAUAAUAAAGUCAAAAUAAGUACUACAUAAACUGCGAGUUUUGCGCGUGUUAUUAAAAAUCUACGAUACAGUUUUUUUUAGAUAUUAGCUUCGAAAAAAAAAAAUAUACAUUAAUGAGAUUAGCAAAGGAACGUUCCCGUGAACGUGAAAUGGAUAGCGAAUUGAAUAAAUUAUCAUUACCGGGUUUGCCGCCACUGCCAAAAAGUUUAAGCACAGCAGCUGCAGGUGUUUCAUCGGCAGCGUCGUCUGCAACGCAUUCGAACACUGCAUCGCCGUUAAACCAUCAUCACCAUCAUGCGUUACACGGUGUCGAGAGUGUGGAACUAUUUUUGGGUCCUUCCACUUCAGCGGCAGCCAAUACGCGUAAUCACUAUCGACACGGUAGCUUAUCGUCGACACAAGAAUCUUUAAGUGACCGUGAAAGUAUACACAGUCGUGCAUCUUCUUCACAUAGUAGCCACCACACGCCCACAAAUACACACACUGACAACGGCGGGACAUCCUUAUCAAUUGGUGGUCUUAGCGGCAGCGGUAGCAGCACAAGCACUACACUAGACACACAAUUAGCUAUAUUGCGACGCGAAAUGUAUGGCCUACGACAAUUAGAUCUUUCGUUACUCUCACAAUUAUGGGCGCUCAACGAAUCGAUUCAAGGUUUUCGUGUAUUCUUACAAGAACAGGAAGCGCUCUCACCGCCAUCUCCUUCCCCAACGCCAUCUGACACGAAUUCCCUUACAUCAGAGGCCGAAGAGGAAUCAUACUCAGCGCAACCACCACUAAAAUUACCACAUCCCAUCGCUGUACAAGCAGCCUUACCGCCUGGUGGUUCGACCACAUCACACGCAUCAACGAGUUCAGCGUCCGGCACAUCGGGCUCCUCAUCGGCUACCUCUUCGAUGGGCAAACAUGGUGGCAUGCCUUUGCCACCAGCACCACAAAAGACACAUCCACAGCUGCCGCGUAUAUUGCAGCAACGUAUGCGCCGUGCACCGCCGCCACCACCGCCAACAACAGCACGACCCAAAUUGACAACGGCAACCAAUGGUGCCACAACGACACCACUGCCACAAAGACCGGCAUGACAAAACCCAUUCUUGGAUUAAACAAAAAAACGAUGAAAAAAAUUGUUUAAUUCAAGAAUGUUGAGGCAACAAGAGUAGGAAAAUAUUUCGAAAUUUGAAGUAAAUGCUGAGAUGGAACUUGAAAAGACAAAUGUUGUCAAUUAUAUGUUGCGAUUGUGUUGGCGUGUUGUUCUUAGAACAGCUAUAACGUGAAUGCUGACGCGCAAUCAUGAAUAAAUAAUCAAAAAAUAUUCAGUGGAUUUUCGCAAAUGCCAUUUCGAGAACUUUUGUAGUGUAGUUUAAAGAAACUGCUUGAAUAACGGUUAAUAUUUUGCGGUUAUGUUUUACUUAGUGCGUUUCACAUGCACUCAUUUGUAUGUUCAUAUGUCAAAUGUCUAGUAUAUAAGAAAGGCGCAUGCUAAUCAAAAAACAAACAAAAUAUUAAUAAAAAAAAACAUUGUAUUUGCAAAAGUGUCGAAAUGUGUACGCAUUCCAAAAAUAUUGCUGUUGAAGGAUUAAACAUACAACAUAUUGAAUAUCAAAAACUUUAGAUAUACAAGAAUAAUUUGUUAAUCUGAUAUUAGUAUUAACAUAAUUGUUUAAAUGUAUACACCCGUGUACAUGCAUCCAAACAUAAACGUGAACAUACACAGACACUCACAUAUACACAUUUUCAUUUGUAACCUACACAUGCAUCCUAAUGUUCAUAUUGUACGACAUUGAGAAAAGAUUUUCGAAAAAAGUAGGCUCGGUACAGAAAGAAGGGCCUCUAACGGUCUACGACGUCAGGAGUACGAAAUUAUAAAUAUAUACAUAGUUGUUAGGAACUACAACAAAGAACAAACGAUCUUAGCUGAUUUUUAGCCCAAUACAUACCAAUAAACCGAAAGCGAAGUAGCAUUAGACGUUCAAUUCAUAUACGGAAAUUGCAAUCAAUUAUUAAUUACAUACAUAUAUACAUAUAAUGAACAAAUAAUAAGCAACAUAAAUACAUGCAUAAAUACAUUUAUAUGGCGAAUUACAUCGAUCUAAAUAUAAUUAAAUUAAUUUAUAAAACACAUAAUAAUUAAAAACUGCGAUUCGAAAAGUGUAAUUGUAUUGUAAGCCACAUUAUUAAACGUUGGCAAUUAAAUUAAAUAAUAAUAAUGAAAAUAAACGAAAAUAAAAAACUGACAUAAAGUUAAUAAAUAAUAAAAAAUAUAUAUAUCAAUUAUUAAAGUAAACUAAGCUAAGCCUAUGUAAACAUACUUGUUCUCGUUCAAUCGUUAUCUAUCAACAGAAAAAAUAAAAAAACAUAAAGCUCCUAUUGUAAAAUCGA